AUGGUGCUCGCCGCUGCAGCGGACUUGUCGCUGGAAAAGCUCGCGCAGCUUGCCGACUCCGUGAUGGAAUUCGACUCCCCAACUAUGUCAGUGAUCGCGACCACUUCCACAACAAGUGAGGCAUCUCGCCCUUUGCCACCAGACCUGCACGCCCUACGCGACGACUUUCGCAGCCAGAUCGAACAGCUCUCCGCUCAGAUAGCUACCCUGUCUGCGCGCUCUCGAUCCUCGUCACGCCGCCGCUCCUCUUCCCGCCGGCGCUCCUCAUCACAGUCUCCGCAUCCCGGCGAGUGUUGGUAUCACCGACCUUUGGUGCAGCCGCCCGAAAGUGCUCAUCUCCCUGCACUUUCUCGGAAACGCUCCGACUCACCACUAGAAGCGGCGAGUGGUGGCGGUCCAGCAAGCAGCCGCUUGUUCUUCGUUUUGGACAAGACAUCAGGGCUCCGUUUCCUCGUGGACACGGGAGCCGAAGUUAGCGUUGUUCCACCCUCACCCGCAUUCCCGAAGAAUCGCCGAUCUGCACUUACGCUGCAAGCCGCCAACAAGACCACCAUCAUGACUUACGGUGAGCGCGCUCUCACGCUUAACCUUGGACUCCGUCGCGUUUUUCGUUGGGUUUUCCUCGUAGCGGACGUUUCUUACCCAAUUCUCGGAGCGGACUUCCUUCGUCAUUUCGACCUGCUCGUGGACAUCUCCCGCAAGCGCCUUGUCGAUGCUAAGACACACCUAACGGUGCAAGGUAUAACGUCAACAACCGGCAUCACCGCACUUAUCAACAAGCCACCUUCGUCAGUGUACGAACAGUAA